CUCUAGGCAGCGCUUUCAUUUCAUGUUAUGUCUGCCAUGAAGAAACGAAAGCAUUGUGUUUCCAAGGAAGAGACUCGUAUCAUCUCUUCAACUACAUCAACGAAAGCAUCAGGAGAAAAAUAUGGUCAGAUCCCAAUGGAUAUCAUCCUCGAAAUACUUUCGAGAGCGCCUGCCAAAUCCAUAGCGAGGUUUCGUUGCGUGUCUAAAGACUGGGGUGUCACUCUCUGCCGUCCAUGUUUCACCGAUCUGUUUCUGAAGAUGUCUUCUCUUAGUCCAUGUCUCCUUUUCACUUUCCAUGCAGAGGGUAAGUGGUCCUUUUUCUCCUCCCCCGAGUCUCUGUUGAUUUCAGACCAGAAGUCCUCUUGUGUAGUUGUCGACCGUCUUAGUCAUGUCCCUAUAGAUUAUCCCAUUAGAGUUUGUGUCCCUGUCUGUGGUUUGUUGUGUACUAAAGAUGAGUGGGUUUUAAGCAAAAAGAAGGAUGCUAGGUUGAUGAUAUGUAACCCUAGCACAGGAGAAUUCAAACUUUUACCCAAAGUGAAAACUAGCAGGCGUAGAGUUUUGACCUAUUUAGGGCAUGAUCCUGUAGAAAAGGUACACAAGGUAUUGUGCAUGACAUCUUGUGAAAGGCCGUAUAGUCAAAAAGCUGAACAACAUCAGGUUCUCACACUAGGAAGGGGAAAAAUGAAUUGGAGAAUGAUUGAGUGUUCAGUAUCUCAUUAUCCUCAGUCUCAAGAUAGCGAGAUAUGCAUAGACGGAAUCCUAUACUAUUUAGCUGCGGGAAGUGGGUCUUGGAAAACUUCUAUGAUAGUUUGUUUUCACAUCAAGUCUGAGAAGUUGAAGUUUAUUGUUGAUGAAGCUUUCAAGGAUAUCAAAUCCCCUUCAACUCUGAUAAAUUACAAAGGAAAAUUAGGUAUACUCCAUCCUAAUGCAUCAGGUUUUAUGAAUGGAAGAUCUAGCGGUUUCGUGUUGUGGGUCAUUGAUGAUAUUGAGAACCAUACAUGGUGUAAGAAUAUUAUCAUGUUUCCGCCUCUCUGGUGGAGUCUAGUUGAUCGGACUAAGGUACAUAUUGUUGGGACUACCGGUAAUGGUGAAAUUUUGUUUUCUCCUCGCGUCGUGUACAUCCCUUUCUACAUUUUCUGUUACAACAUGGAAACGAAAUCUAUCAGAAGAGCUGAAAUCGAAGGUUUUGGAUCUGCCACGGGUCAAAACAUUUACACGUUCUUAAACCAUAUGGAGAAUGUGAAACUUUUUACAUAA